AGCCAAUUAGAUUCUUAUCCCCGUAAGGGCGAAGUAAAAGGGGAGAGGAAAGGGGCAGAGGUGACAAAAGGAUCUUGUGGCCUCAUUGAGCGACACUUGCUCAUACACUGGUCUCUCGGGAAGCAGGAUAAAAAUGUUUGCGAAAGCAACUAAGAAUUUCCUGAAAGAUAUCGAUGCUGGUGGUGGUCUGAUACCUGUAUUCAGCCUGAAUGAUUCCGAUAAGGCACAACUUCUUUGUGUGGUGGCAAAAACCAGGAGAUUCUGGCGCUGGCAAAAACCAAAGUACCACUUUUCAUCAUGUUUCUGCACACUGAGCGACUUAAUGACAGACGAGAGGGCAAUAAAACCAGUUGUCGUGGAGUCAGAAUUUGUUACAUAUGAAGGGACAUUUGGAGACACUAUAAAAGGCAAUAUUGGAGCUGAAGUUGGAGCCUUGCAGAUGAAUACCUCUGGUUGUGGAUUUGUCGAAAACCAGUCCUCUUUUGGCACACUAAGAAAACAAGAAGUUGAUAUGCAGCAUGUCAUGAAGGAUGUGCAAGACCGGUAUUGCUAAUCUUUUUCUUGUCUCUUUAACAUUUAGUAUACAGUAUAUAUUGUAUUACUGUAUAAUACCUGUAUGUUCUGCUACACUAGAGUAUGUUUUCUGCACUUUGUGCCCUGCCUUGCUGCAGAUCUUUGUGCUCCAAAAUGGAGUGCAAAGACCUGUGUUUACCAAUGAACACAAUGCAUCCUGCAUUCAGAAGCCCUGUAUUCUUGAGGACACAAUGGAGCUGUGUACUUAACGGCAUAAAGGAGAGUGCCACCUUGUGACUGCCAGUGCAGCAGUCUGUAAUUUAUGCCAGAUUUUUUAUACAAACCAAAAUGCAGAGCAAACACAGUGCCCCUGCCACAAGUCUAAAAUGAACUUAACUAGAGUUUAACAACAGCAGUGUCUGAAUUGACUGGCAGUUGAUUUUUUUAACAUUAAUAACAGCCUUAGACAAUAUUAUUAUACUGCUAGGCCAGUGAAAUAACAGCCAGAUAGCAACACAGAGGCAAAAUUAUCAAGGGUCAACGUUUUUUUUAACUCGCAUGUAUUCGAUUGUACUCGGAAUUCGAUCAUUCAACUAUUUAUUAAAGGACAAGGAAAGUCUAAAAUAGAAUAAGGCUAGAAAUGCUGUAUUUUGUAUACUAAACAUAAACAUGAAUUUACUGCACCACAAGCCUAAUAAAACAAAUGAUUUAUGCUUUCAAAGUUGGCCACAAGGGGCUGUCAUCUUGUAACUGUUAUACAGCUUUGCACAUGCUCAGUGUGGUCUGGGCUUCUUAGGGAUCCUCAUAAAUUAUCAAAACUACACGUCAAAUAAUAUCUGCCAGAAGCCGAUACAGCAAGACUGAUUAAUAAUCAGAAUAUGCAGAAUGCACUGGGUUCUGUGUUGUCAUGAAAUCUAAUGUGGAUUUUAUAGUUUUUGUAUUGUUUAAAGGACAUGUAAACCCCCCCAUAAAAAUGUAAUCAGUGAACGGCCUCUUUGAAAUCUUUAGAUAACUGCCACUCUGGUUGUUAAAAGGUUAACAGUAAGGAUAUAUAUGUUUUAGGUGGCGAAUAGUUGAAUUCCUAAAGGGGAAAAACUAAUUUUUAAAAAAUACUCAAAUCGAGUUUGGAUAAUUUCCUAGUCGAAUAUGACAGGUUUGACCAUAAAAAAAUAGAAAAUUCGAAUUUUCUAUUUGACCCUUAAUAAAUCUACCCCUUAUACAAGGGACUGAAAAUAUAUUUUAAGGCAUUUGGUGUGCGGUAGAAACACUUCCUGGCAAUGUUGGGUUAUUGGAAGCAACAGGCCAUAGGGAAUUAAGUUCUUUUGGGCAGGGUCAUCUCUGCCUCUUGUAUAGAUUAUUCUUGUAUACAUUAUUGAUUGUCUUUUGCAUGUAAUCUGUAUGUUCAGCUUUGCAAAAUAUGUUGGUGCUUUAUAAAUGUUUGUUGAUUAUAAUAAGGGAGAGAUUAUCUUUUUUAAAGAUGAGCUGAAGCAACCAGUCCAUGAAGCUGUACCUUGAAAGUUGAGAUUUGUUAUAUUUGUUCUGUUCAUCAUAAAUGUAUGUUAAUAAAGAGAAAAUGAGUGUUCCUGGAA